UGGCGCAGGGCGCUGUACAGCAGACGGAUCCACAGCUGCGUUUUUGCGCCACAGAUGGAACAUUGCUUUUGUUCGAACCUCACCAAUUCUCCCCUGCUCGUCCUGAGCUGAGCACCGGGGAGGCUGACAGCCUGGCUGUCCGCGGGUCACGGUUACGCACUGGCGGGUUGGCACCCGUGCGCCCGAGGGAAGAGGCCGCCACCAUGCUCUGCUCCUCGGAAAUCUCCUGCAACAUCACAGAAGUCUUCAACCUAACGCAGAAGCUGGAGAUUGGAGCGGCGGGGUCUGCUGGGAACCUCAGCGGGAAAACUAACGACACCGACCCGUUCGGGCGCAACGAGGAGGUGGCCAAGAUCGAGAUCACGGUCCUGAGCCUGGCUUUCGUGGCGGCGGUGGUGGGGAACCUGAGCGUCCUGCUGGCCAUGUACCGGAGCCGCAGGAAGCUGUCUCGGAUGCACCUGUUCAUGAAGCACCUGAGCCUGGCGGACCUGGUGGUCGCCUUCUUCCAGGUUCUGCCGCAGCUCUGCUGGGAGGUCACCUUCCGCUUCUACGGGCCGGACUUUCUGUGCCGCAUCGUGAAGCACCUGCAGGUUCUGGGCAUGUUCGCCUCCACCUACAUGAUGGUGAUGAUGACGCUGGACCGCUACAUCGCCAUCUGCCACCCGCUGCAGACCCUCCAGCAGCCCACGCGGCGCGCCUACAUCAUGAUCAGCUCCACCUGGGCGUGCAGCCUGGUCCUCAGCACCCCGCAGUACUGCAUCUUCUCCCUGAGCGAGGUGCGGCCCGGAUCGUCCGUCUACGACUGCUGGGGGCACUUCGUGGAGCCGUGGGGGCUGCGCGCCUACAUCACCUGGAUCACGGCUGGGAUCUUCCUGGUUCCCGUGGCGGUGCUCGUCUUCUGCUACGGGUUCAUCUGCAGGGCGAUCUGGAGGAACCUGAAGUGCAAAACCCGCAGGAAGAGCGCGGACGCGGUGGUGGAGGCCACCAAGAGCGGGAUCCUGGGCAGGAGCUCUGUGAGCAGCGUCUCCACCAUCUCCCGCGCCAAAUUACGCACGGUCAAGAUGACUUUUGUGAUCGUGGUGGCCUACGUGGUGUGCUGGGCUCCGUUCUUCACCGUGCAGAUGUGGUCCGUGUGGGACAAGACCUUCUCCUGGCACGACUCUGAGAACCCAGCCGUGACGCUGUCAGCCCUGCUAGCCAGCCUCAACAGCUGCUGCAACCCCUGGAUCUACAUGAUCUUCAGCGGCCACCUGCUCUCCGACUUUUUUGGCCUUCUGCCGUGUUGCUACCGGCUGCGGGACAGGUUGCGGCAGCAGGACUCGGACAGCAGCAUCCGUCGGACCACCCUGCUGUCCCGCCUGCAGGGUCCGCGUCUGUCAGAGCCUUUCAGGGAACUCAACUACACCAUCAAAAACUGCCCACAAGCCACGCCCGCAUCAUGACCCUCAAUAAACCGGCCUGUUAGGGGAAGAACCGCCCGGGAUGCUGGGUUUGGUGCAGUCUAAACGGGGAGCGUUUACCCCAUGGCACAGAAAAGUAUUCAUCGUACUAUAAUUAUGUUUGAGGCUUAAACAGCAGUUUAAUUUAUCAUUUAGAAAAAAUAUG